AUGUCUUCCAACUCCUCCUAUUCUCUCUCAUCAUCGAUGAACAGUCGAGGCGUUCAGUCCUGUCUGAGUAACAAUAAUAAUAUCAACAACAACAACAACACAAUGCCGACCACUUCAUCAUCCAAUUAUUCUUUUAGAUCUUCCGUUCUUCCGACAAAUUUAUCCAUUCCGUCCUCUCUUGGAGGAAGAAGAUCAUCCUUCUACACCACUUCAUCAACAAGUGGCAAUAACAACCAAACCACACCUACACCGACAACAACACUUUCAACAACAAGCAAUGUUUCCAAGUCUUCACUUUCCACUCCACAAUCCAUGUUCAUUGGAAAUAGAAGAGAAAGUUUUGGUACGAGCUCUGUCAUGAGAUCUUCUGUUUAUCCUGCUUUAAACGGAGGUUUCAAUACCAUUCCAAACUCUUCCACUCAGAGCUCAACGAGUAGAACUCCACUAGCUCAAGUUUCAAAUCCUCCAAAUGGUACCAAUAUGAGUAAUAUCAAUAGAAACUCGUUGUCUGGAUCUUUCUCUCAUCAAAACAGAACUAAAAAGCCACAGACAACAGCAAAAAUCACUUCUGCUGGAAAUUAUCAUAAUUUAAAUAACAGUUUCAAUAUGGAAGAAUUGGGAGUUUCCUCUAAGAGUGAUGAAAUCAUGAGCGAUGAGAAUGGUAUCGUUGAAGAAAAAUCUGUUUUAACAACAUCACAAACACUAAGAGAGAAUGAAGAGCUGAGAAAAGAGAAUGAGGAGUUGAAACAACAAAUUCAAAAACUCCACAAUGAUCUUCUUCAAAAAGAAAAAGAUAAUUAUUGA